GUGACAGCUGCCCAAUGGGAGCCCCCGUCUCUCCCACCCUGCGGGGCGGGGGGUGGGCAUCUCCCCGCCGCCGCCUGAGGAAUGUCAACUAUUCAACAUGGAGCCGGCGGUCACCAGGCUGGAAACCAUGUUCCAGAAGGCGGAGUCUGAUCUGGAUUAUAUUCAACACAGACUGGAAUUUGAGAUAAUGAAAAGUCUUCCCGAUAAUCCAGCAGCAGAGGAAAACCCACUUGCUCUCUUAGAAGAAAUCUCUGUGGUGAAAUCUCGUUACAAAGCGUUAUGUACACAGCUGGAAAAAGUUUCCUUAGAGCAGAGAGAAUCCAUGAACGGCAUCCGUGCUGCCCUGGAGGGCACCAUGAAGAUCAUCCAGACACUGCAGCAACGCGCUGAUCUCCAGUGCUCGCCUCUGUCCGAAGAAGAACAGGCGGCAGCACAGCUGUUAGGAUGCCAAGCUGCUAAAGAGAUGGAAUUGCUGGUCGGAAAGCCACUCUGUUCAGAAUCUGUAGACCCUGACACAGCUGAAGAGUCGCAGUUCAAACCGCUGACUGAAGAAACCCUUCAGAGUGUGCCCAGGAGUAUCAGAAGCACCGUUAAAUUAGCAGACUUGAACAACUUGUACAGGCAUCUAUUUAACCACUUCGUCACAAAUAAGAACAGAGCGGCGCUGAGCAUCUCCCAGAUGAAGAAAAUGAACAUGAAAGUCACUGACACGAGAAUACGAGUCCUGAAAGAGCUGGGGAUUGUGGAGCUGGACAAACAAGGCAAUGUCAGAUUGGUCGUGUAAGGGAAGGUCUGGUCUGUGACACACUGUGCCUCGGCCAUAGCUCCUGUGUGACUGGCUGGGUGUUGGUGGCUGGGAGCUGCUGGGGCUGUGAGAUCUGUGCACUAAUCCUGGUUCUGGGACUUAAAGAGCUGCAGAGUGGAACCUGUUGAGGUUGGCAUUUGAACGUGGAUGUUUACAAGGCUGUGGUAUUGCUUGCGUUCCUGAGCGGGGCUUUGAAGAGGAAUAGCCUGGGAAUACCUCAGGAAUACCUCAGGAAUACCUCAGGCCACUUCAUUGAGCUCACAUUCCUGAAUAAACGCUGAAAGCAAAGCGGUGUGUCCACAGA